CUUGGCUCUUCUGUGCCUGAAUUUGUAGGUUUAAAAAAAAAAAAAUGUCACAUAUAUAAAUAGGCCGCGUUAUAUUAAUCUAUACUUGCUUUUCUCUUAUCUUUGUUAAUAAUGCUCUCAAAAUCAUCUUGUAUAUCUGUUCAACUUCUUGAACCAACUAUUUACGUGGAUCCUAAUUCAGAAUUAUCCAAUGUGAUUAGGGGCACUAUAAAUAUUAACUUUUCAAAGACGAUGACAGUGAAAUCUAUUUCAGUUCGAUUUGAUGGCAAAAUGGAAACUAAAAGUUAUACAUGUGAUGUUAUCGACAAUGCAGGUGACUUUAUUCAAAAGAAACCGUUAACACGUCAAAGUUUAAUAUUAUAUCCUACAUUGGAACAAGAAGAUACGAAUCGUCCUUUGAUCAUAAACGCAGGGUUAACUCAGUUUGGUUUUGAGAUGCAAGUACCUUCGAAAUUACCCGAAUCGAUUGAAUGUUCCGAUAUUCAUGUCUAUUAUUAUGUAACAGCUGUUAUUGAAUAUUAUAAUAAGGAUCAUUCAUUCUUUUCUCUUCGUUCUUCUGUUAUAAAAGAAUUGGCUAGACAGCAUGUUCAAGUCACUCGUUUACCUUAUGAAAGUAUUCUUUUAGCAGAUGCAAUGUCAAGUCCUAUCGAUUCUCGUACUCAUCAUUGUGGCUGGCUCAAUUAUCAAAUCGUGAUUGAUAAAAAGGCGGUUGCGCUUGGUUCUAAUUUACCUAUCACAUUCCGAAUAACGCCUACUUGUGAUAUCGGAGUCUCUAUUGAUCGUAUUCAUAUUCAAAUGCUUGAACGUCGUGACUUACAUCGUUUAUCAACUCAUACAACCCAUUCUGUUCACACUAUUUUACCCUGUAACACGAAUAAUAAAGCAUCACUUCCAAAGGAACCUUUAAGAGAAGAUCAAGUUUGGGAAGAUACUAUUAUGUACAAAAUUCCUGGUGAUAAAGAACUUGUUCAUUCCACUCAAGAAUACUCCGAUUUUAGUGUCAGUCAUACAUUACUUAUCACCAUCACUCUUUCUACGAUUCCCAGUAGUAGUAAUCACUCUUCAGCUACUAGUCGUCGUUCUCCUCGUACACAAAAGAUGGUUACCUUUCAAGCUCAUAUUGAUAUUCUUGAUGAGACCUUGGGUGAAUUAGAAUCUCUAAAGUUACCUACUUAUGAUGCUCCUCCUCCAUUUGAAGAUAUUAUCGUCAACCAUCAUCAUCAUCAUCCUUCUUCAGUAGUAGACUAUACCUUUCCUACCACCGACUAUGAUGAUUAUCAUAAAUUACCUGAUCCUCCCGCCUAUAAUGAAAUCUUUGCUUAAUAUUACUUUCAAAAAAAAAAGGGAAAUAAUCCUUUUCCUUUACGUACACUAUUUAUACCCUUUCUUUAUUCUUAUUCACAACACUUAGAAUGUAUAUAAUAAUAUAACAACGAUUGUAAAUAAAUAAAAUAGCACAUACGUAUAAAAUA